AGAAACUGAAAACACAGUUACUCACUUAACGUCCCUAAAACCUCCGAAAUAAAAUUCCAUGUUGCCUCCGUCAACAUCCCCACGGCAACCAUCGUCACAUCAUAUGGACUUACCGACUCCACAAUCACCAGAUAAAUCCCCCGCGACGAUUCUCCUCGGCAAAUACGAACUCGGUCGCCUGCUCGGCAGCGGUAGCUUUGCCAAAGUCCAUGUGGCUCGUUCCAUCGAAACCGAACAACUUAUGGCCGUCAAAAUCAUCGACAAGAAGAGAACCGCCAAGGCCGGUAUGGAGCCGAUGAUAAUCCGGGAGAUCGAAGCCAUGCGCCGCCUCCAACACCAUCCUAACGUCCUCAAAAUCCACGAGGUCAUGGCCACUAAAACAAAGAUCUAUCUCGUCAUGGAGCUCGCGGCCGGCGGAGAGAUUUACACCAAGAUUCGCGAUUCUGGCCGCCUUAAGGAAUCGGAGGCGCGCCGCUACUUCCAGCAGCUCGUCUCGGCGCUCACUUUCUGCCACCGAGAGGGAAUCGCUCACCGCGACGUGAAGCCGCAGAAUCUCCUCCUCGACAAGGAGGGCAACCUCAAGGUCUCCGACUUCGGUUUAUCCGCUUUGCCGGAGGACCGUAGGAGCACCGGAAUGCUCCACACAGCUUGCGGCACGCCGGCUUACACAGCGCCGGAGGUGAUUGCUCAUAGAGAUUACGACGGCGCGAAGGCUGACUCGUGGUCGUGUGGCGUCUUCCUCUACGUUCUUCUCGCGGGUUACGUUCCUUUUAAUGAUUCCCAUAUUGUACUAAUGUACAGGAAGAUCCAAGGGAGAGAUUACAAGUUCCCAAACUGGAUCUCGAAACCUGCUCGAUCCAUCAUCUACCGAUUGCUCGAUCCGAAUCCAGCAACGAGGAUGAGUAUCGAAGCUGUAACUGAAACCAAAUGGUUCAAGAAAUCCCUUGAAACCUCCGAGUUUAAACCCAAUGUCUUGGAAUCGGAUGAACGAUUGGGGCCACUGAGAGGUGAUACGAUCACAGCCUUUGAUUUGAUAUCCUUAUCGACGGAAUGGGAUCUAUCGGGGCUGUUCGAGAGGAGGAAGAUGAAGAGGACGAGGUUUACGGCUAGGGUUUCGGCGGAAGGAGUGGUGGAGAAGGCAAAGGCGAUAGGGGAGAAGUUAGGGUUUAGGGUGAAGGAGAAGAGUGAUGCGAGGUUUGUGGCAUUGAGUAAAGGAAGAACGACGGUGGUGGUCGAGGCGGUUGAGCUGGUGGAAGGUUUGGUUGUGGCGGAGAUGAAGGUGGUGGAAGGUGUGGAGGAGGAGGAGGAUGAGUCUCACUGGUCGGAGAUAACUGUAGGGCUUGAGGAGAUUGUGCUUGCAUGGCACCAUGACGUAUCUAAAAAAUGUUGA